AUUCUACCCUGUCAGGCGUAAUAUGAUAUUCACACAUGAUGAAAGUCAUUAGGAGUCGGAUCAGUGUUUUUUCAGUGACUCUCUAUGUGGGCCUGUCUGUCUGUGCUGCUAUAAAAGCUGCCACCUCGCAGACUGCGCCGUUAUUCCCCCCUUCGCUUCAGGAAACACUUCUCCAGAGACGCACUUCAGCAUGUCGGUGGCUCUGCGCACACAGCUGUUCCUCUUUCUGAUCUCCCUCUCGUCAAGGAUGGGGCUCAGUCGCUACAUUGAGGACAACGAGGCGUCAGAUGGAUUGUAUUCUCUGCUCACUUUGGCCCAGAAAAGAGAAUCAGAAGAUUUUAUUUUCCGUCGACCUCUCAGGUGCUUGGACAUGCUGGCCACUGACGGCUACUUCACCUUCACGGCGUCUCGGCCACAGCUGGCCUGCGCUGCUUUCAUCAUCGCUGAGCCCAGUGAAGUCAUCAGUCUGGAGCUGUCUGACGUCAGUAUCGACUGCAGCGCUGGAGACUUCAUAAAGAUAUUUGACGGCUGGGUUUUGAAGGGAGAGAAGUUCCCCAGCAGUCAGGACCAUCCUCUCCCGCCGCACCAGCGCUACACGGACUACUGCUCCUCCGCAGCCCCGGGAUCCUCCAGCCGCUCCUCUCAGAAUGUCGCCAUGAUCUUCUUUCGCAUUCACAACCCUGACAGCGGCUUCACACUCGUCGUAAAAAAACUGCACAAUCCUUUCCCCUGCAACAUCAUGUCUCAGAGUCCAGAGGGCAGCUUCACCAUGGUGAUGCCACAUCAGCACAAGAACUGCAGCUUCUCCGUCAUCUACCCCGUGGAGAUCCAACUGACGGAACUCAGCCUGGGGCAGGCCAAGACCAAUGAGCUCAGUCCACAGAGACAGGUUUGGUCCGGCUGUUCAGGUUCAGGAGACUACGUGGAGCUGCUGGGAGGGAAUGGGGUGGACACCUCUAAGAUGUUUCCCGUGGCCGACCUCUGUUUCUCCCUCAGUGGGCUCGCCCAGAUGAAGAUUGGUUGUGAUAACUCGGUAGUGAGGCUGGUGUCCAGCGGGAACUACGUCAACCGUGUUUCCUUCCAGUACCGAUUACUGGAACAAAAUGAGCUUCCCAAGACCCGAGAGAACAGUCUGGACAACUUCUGCACUGUGGAAUGAGACCUCUCGCAUCCAUCCAUCCGUACAUACAUAUGCACACUCUACUGUGACACACACACACACACACACACACACACACACACACACACACACAAUCACACAGUCAUCCAUCUCUCUGUAAAAAUACCACUUUAAAAUGAAAAUGUCUCAUUUAACUAAUACUGUCAGUAAGUAUUUUGUAUUAUUUGCCAAAUAUUUUAUUUUGAGACCUCGUUACGUUAAUCUUUCUUUGAGCAUAUUUAUUUAAAUAAUUGUUCUACUAAUGCAGAUUUCUGGGUGAUGGUCGACCUGAUACUGUCUUCUUUUCAGCCAUGCCAUGGCAGUCUGUGAUAAAUCGCAUUUGUUGGCAGAUUCGUUCAUUUUAAACUCUUCCUCUGUUCUUGCUUUGUAUUAGUUACAGCUUCGCAGCCCUGCAGCCUCUUCUGUUUAUAUCGCCUUGACAGUUUAAGAAUAAAUAUGAAUUGCAUGAUGAAGCACA